AUGUCUUCUAUCAAGCCCCUCAUCCUACACGCUCAUACCACAGGCCCCAACCCCUUCAAGGUGGCCAUUCUCCUUGAGGCUCUCAACAUCCCAUACACCGUCAAGCUCUGGCAGUUUGGAGAUGCACCCAAUGGUGUUAAGGGCGAGAGCUUCCUCAAGAUCAACCCCAAUGGCCGCGUUCCGGCUUUGGAAGACCCUAACACCAACGUCACCAGCUGGGAAUCUCUUGCAUGCAUGAAUUACAUCCUCCGCGUCUACGAUUCCGAGAACAAGUUCGGUGCAAGACAGGAAGCAGGCGAGCAAGGACGAGCUGAUGUCGACGCAUGGACCAGCUUCCUUGUUAGCACUCUUGGUCCAUUCCUUGGUCAGUGUAACUGGUUCCGCCAUUACAAUAACGUCAAAAAUGAGAAUGCGUAUGAGAGAUAUCAAGCCCAGGUCUAUCGGUGCUUCGGAGUCUUGGAGGAGCAGCUGAAGAAGCAUGAUGGAGAAUGGAUCUUGGCCGGUGGUAAACCUAAUGUCGUCGACUUUCAUUUUGAACCUUGGAUGAGACAGUAUGAGUAUGCUGGUUUGAGUCUGAAUGAUUAUCCCAAGGUCAAGGCUUGGUUGGACCGUGUUCAGGCGUUGCCUGAGGUGAAGCAAGCGUAUGAGAAGAUUAAGGCUGGGGAGGAGGUCUAA